UUUCACCCCAGCAUGGCUGCGCCCAUGGGACCAGUGAAGUUCUGGCGACCGGGUACAGAGGGACCAGGUGUCAGUAUCUCUGAAGAGAGACAAAGCGUAGCGGAAAACUCUGUGACAACCGUUGUUUACAACCCUUAUGCCGCCCUUUCUAUAGAGCAGCAGAGGCAGAAGCUGCCGGUGUUCAAGCUUAGGAAUCAUAUAUUAUACCUGAUAGAAAACUACCAGACGGUGGUGAUCGUUGGAGAAACAGGAUGUGGGAAGAGCACGCAAAUUCCCCAAUACCUCGCAGAAGCUGGCUGGACCGCGGAAGGAAGAGUUGUGGGAGUGACCCAGCCUCGAAGAGUGGCUGCCGUGACGGUCGCAGGCAGAGUGGCUGAUGAGAGGGGCGCGGUGCUGGGCCACGAGGUGGGCUACUGCAUCCGCUUUGAUGACUGCACGGACCCACUGGCCACCAGAAUUAAGUUUCUCACUGAUGGAAUGCUGGUCAGGGAAAUGAUGGUUGACCCUUUGUUAACAAAAUACAGUGCCAUCAUGCUGGAUGAAGCCCACGAAAGGACCUUGUACACGGACAUUGCCAUCGGCUUGCUGAAAAAGAUUCAGAAAAAGCGAGGGGAUCUUCGACUGAUCGUGGCUUCAGCCACCCUGGACGCGCAGAAAUUUCGGGAUUUCUUUAAUCAGAAUGAAACCAGUGACCCCACCAGAGAUACGUGUGUGACCCUCACAGUGGAAGGGCGGACGUUUCCAGUGGACGUCUUUUAUCUACAAAGUCCUGUUCCAGAUUAUAUCAAAUCCACUGUAGAAACUGUGAUGAAAAUUCACCAGACGGAGGGAGAUGGAGACAUAUUAGCAUUUCUUACUGGCCAGGAGGAGGUAGAAACCGUGGUGUCCACGCUGAUCGAGCAGGCUCGAGCUCUGGGUCGGACAGGGAUGAAGAGACACCUCCGGGUUCUCCCUAUGUACGCAGGGCUGCCUUCCUUCGAGCAGAUGAAAGUCUUCGAAAGGGUGUCGCACAGUGUCCGAAAGGUGAUAGUGGCCACCAAUGUGGCAGAAACCUCCAUCACAGUCAGCGGGGUUGUGUAUGUGAUCGACUGUGGCUUCGUGAAACUCCGGGCCUACAACCCCAGGACAGCCAUCGAGUGCUUGGUGGUGGUCCCAGUGUCCCAGGCAUCGGCCAACCAGCGAGCAGGACGUGCUGGCCGCAACCGCUCAGGAAAGUGCUAUCGCCUUUAUACAGAGGAAGCCUUUGACACGCUGCCCGCAUCCACCGUUCCCGAGAUGCAGCGGAGCAACCUGGCGCCCGUCAUCCUGCAGCUGAAAGCGCUGGGAAUCGACAACGUCCUCAGGUUCCACUUCAUGUCCCCCCCUCCAGCACAGUCGAUGGUUCAAGCGUUGGAGUUACUCUAUGCCCUGGGAGGUCUGGACAAAGACUGCCGCCUAACCGAGCCGCUUGGCAUGAGGAUAGCGGAGUUUCCUCUGAAUCCCAUGUUUGCGAAAAUGCUGCUGGAGUCAGGAAAUUUUGGCUGUUCUCAGGAAAUUCUCAGCAUUGCAGCCAUGAUGCAGAUCCAGAACGUCUUCGUGGUCCCCUCGAACCAGAAGUCUCAGGCAAUUCGAGUGCACCGAAAGUUUGCCGUGGAGGAAGGCGAUCAUCUCACUAUGCUCAACGUGUAUGAAGCGUUUAUCAAGCACAGCAAGAACUCGCAGUGGUGUCAGGAGCACUUCCUCAAUUACAAGGGGCUGGUCAGAGCUGCCACGGUACGAGAGCAACUGAAGAAGCUCCUCGUCAAGUUCCAGGUGCCCAAGAAAUCGAGUGAAGGCGAUCCAGAUCCGGUUCUGAGGUGCAUCGUUUCGGGAUUCUUUGCAAAUGCGGCGAGGUUUCAUUCUACCGGAGCUUACAGGACUGUCCGUGACGACCAUGAGCUGCACAUCCACCCGGCCUCAGUCCUCUAUGCGGAGAAGCCGCCUCGCUGGGUUAUCUACAAUGAAGUCAUACAAACCUCCAAGUAUUACAUGAGAGACGUGACCGCUAUCGAGUCCGCCUGGCUGCUGGAGCUGGCUCCGCACUUCUACCAACAAGGAACGCACCUGUCCCUAAAAGCCAAACGGGCCAAGGUCCAGGACCAGUGAGCAGAGCUGGGCUGCGGCCACGGGGGCUGCGUGGGACCCUCUUCUCUGUGCUGCUGCUCUAGCUCUGAGUGAGGGACGGCGAGCUGUCCUCGGCUCCCGUGGAACCUUUAGCUGUUUUGACCGGGGCUGCCUCCUGUGUGUUAGCCCCUUCUUCCCACUCCCCUCCGCGUCUGCACUCCUUGCUGGGAUUGCGGAGGAGUGUGUGCGGGCAGGCGCCCUGCCACACGGCACCCAGCAGAGCGGGAGUUGGCAGGGCUUUGCUCAUUGGUCAGUCGGCAGGCUCACUGGGCCAGCAUGCCUCUUCCAACGGGCAGUCUGUCCUGGCCUAGCUUAACGGGGAACGAGGGGGAAAGUUAGCCAGUCCGCCUGCAGCAGCUUGCUGCCCCGAGAGUUUGCUGGGCUGGCCUUGCUUUCCCCGGAGGGGCCACGGCUGUGCGGACCAGCGAGGCCAGCUGGUAGGUGGGAGUAAGUGUGUGUCCACAGAGGGGCGCAACCCGGGAAAUACUGUGGAUUUCUGCCAGAGUCACCACGGGGCCUGUCUGGCAGCACAGGGUCUCCCCAAACCAAGGGGCUUCUUCUGGUUUCCCUUUUGCCCGAGUCUGUCUGCGGGCAGAAGACUCGCAAGGACGGCUGAGCGACAGAGAGGACUGGUGCGCCGUCGUCUGUUAGCACAGGUUUCCCUGUUUUGCAGGGGCCCAGCCUUCUCUGCCCACAGCAUCACCAGCUGACAGCUCCGCCCGUCGGGCCCCCGAGCAGGAACGCACAUCAGCGUAGAGGCGCAGAGCCUCUGUAGCUCAGGAACACGCCCUGUACCUCUGUGUUUGACCGUUGCCACAUCCGUGGAGAACCGGCGGCCCCCUCAGCGGGCGCUGGUCACGUCGCUGGUCACGUCGCUGCCCGGCUCCUUCGCUCCGGUGUUCGCUCUUCAGCUGUGACCAGUCAGACUUUGUCCCCGUCCUGUUCAGUGACAUUUAUUUCAAAACCACGUAGCUCGAAAUUUAUUUUUGUACCGGUCUUAGUUUGUACGUGCCACUUUGGCACCAAAUGCAUAUGUCAUUUUUAUUUCCAUUUUAUAAAUGUGUUAAUAGCAGUGAUAACUUGUUAACAAUAGCAGACCUUUAUACCUAAAGUAAAUGUACUCCCUCCCAUCCUGGUUCCCAGGGAGGAAGGUGACCCAGCGGGAGGAGCAUCAGAUUUGAGUGACGGGUGGUAACAUGGGUUUCUGCACAGUUGGCACUCUAACACGUGCCUAGAUGGCACCCCAGGCCCACUCCGUGCCCCCAAAGCACUGUGAUCAGAGUGUUUGGAAUUGGACUCCCAGCAGGUUCUGGCGGGGCCACCAAUGUCGGUCGGCGGCCCGCUGACAGUUAUCCAGACCCCUCCCAAAAUGAAGAACAUGCAGUAACGGGCACUCCAUGGCGCUCACAAUUACUCCACAUAAAAGACCAUCCUCUAGCCUGUUUUUGGUGUGAAAACGUUCCUUCUUUUAAUGAUGGUAGUUUUAAAAAAUGUUUUCCUUGGGAAAAUAAAAUACUGACAAUCUUG